AUGACGGUGACAUACACCAACCGCGUGGCUGAUGCCCGCCUAGGCACCUUCUCACAGCUUCUGCUCCAGUGGAAAGGAAGCAUCUACAAACUGCUCUACUCCGAGUUCCUUAUCUUCAUCUCUCUCUACUUCACCAUCAGUCUUGUCUACAGGCUGAUCCUGAAUGAGAGCCAAAGGCUGAUGUUUGAGAAGCUGGCGCUCUACUGCAACAGCUAUGCUGAGCUAAUCCCUGUGUCCUUUGUGCUGGGUUUCUAUGUGGCUCUGGUGGUGUCCCGCUGGUGGGCUCAAUAUGAGAGCAUCCCAUGGCCUGACCGGAUCAUGAACUUGGUUUCCUGCAACGUGGAUGGGGAGGACGAGUACGGGCGGCUCCUGCGUCGCACCCUCAUGCGCUACAGCAACCUGUGCGGCGUCCUCAUCCUGCGCUCAGUGAGCACCGCUGUCUACAAGCGCUUCCCCAGCAUGGAGCACGUCGUGAGGGCAGGCCUCAUGACACCAGAAGAGCACAAGAAGUUUGAGAGCUUGAAUUCCCCGCACAACAAGUUUUGGAUCCCGUGUGUGUGGUUCUCCAAUCUGGCUGUGAAGGCAAGGAACGAGGGGAGGAUCCGGGACAGCGUGCUGCUCCAAGGCAUCCUGAAUGAGCUCAACACCUUGCGCAGCCAAUGCGGGCGACUCUACGGGUACGACUGGAUCAGCAUCCCCUUGGUCUACACUCAGGUGGUGACCGUGGCUGUUUACAGCUUCUUCUUGGCCUGUCUGAUUGGGCGGCAGUUCCUGGAUCCCGAAAAGGCGUAUCCUGGCCAUGAACUAGAUCUCUUCGUGCCCGUCUUUACGUUUCUGCAGUUCUUUUUCUAUGCUGGCUGGUUAAAGGUGGCUGAGCAGCUCAUCAACCCUUUUGGAGAGGAUGAUGAUGACUUUGAAACCAACUGGCUCAUUGACAGGAACCUGCAGGUCUCUCUUAUGGCAGUGGACGAGAUGCAUCAGGAUUUACCCAUUCUGGAAAAGGACCUAUACUGGAACGAGCCUGAUCCUCAGCCUCCCUACACCGCAGCCACCGCUGAGUACAAGCGCCCAUCGUUCCUUGGCUCAACUUUUGAUAUCAGCAUGCAGAAAGAAGAGAUGGAGUUCCAGCCCUUGGAGCAAAUUAAAGAGAACGAGGAGGCCAACCACUCCACACCAUUACUGGGACACCUGGGCCGCCUCCUUGGUGUCCAGUCACCCAGCUUCUCCAGGUCCUCUUCCCGGAUGAACCUGCUGCGCAGGAGAGGAGAACCCAUGUCCCCUUUCUCCCAUUACAUGUACCAAGACAUGGGCAAGGCUGGAAGCCCUUGUGGCAUCAAUCGGCCCAGGGGAGACUCCAACUCCCAGGAACAGUGGGACAGCGAAGAUGGAAAACUAAGGGAGUUUGACGCCUUCAUGUCGACCCCAUUCUAUGAGAGACCUGGUUUCUACAGCGCUCCACAGACACCCAUCAGCUCUAUCCCCAUGAUUUUCCCUUCUAGACGCCAAGGCCGCAAGAAGCCUCCUGCACUCUCCAGCAUUGCCGCGUGCUCAACUUCUCUUAGGGAUGUUGUCAGCACCUCUCCUUGCAGAGCCAGUGAUGUGUAUAAGAGCCAAAGCUCCCUUGGCUCAGGUGCAAAGGAAACAUUUAUUUGGCCAACAGACCGGAGCAAAGGUUCUGACUCACUGGUUGUAACGGCAGAAGAAAAGAGCAACUCUUAUGGUAAAGGCAAAGAAAGUGCCACCACAGGAAGUCCAGGAGCUCAGUCCACAGCAUCAAACAGCCCUAAGUUCCCCUUCUUGGCAGAGUCUCCAGACCAUGAGAAGCAGGGUAGCUUCAAGAGCCUGAAGAGCUUGAAAGCUUCUCACCCUUCCUGGCUAACCCUAGAAAACACAGCAUCACCCACCCCCAAUUCCGAGCACUCAAGUGUCUUUCACACCCCCAGUAACAAAACCCCUGGAGGCAGCACCUCCUUCUGCUUCUCCUUCACUCCUGUAACAUCCCCAGUGCUGCAGAGGUCCCACAUGGGGAAUGUGGGCCCUGAUGCUCGCAGCCUAAGUUUGGAAGAUGCAGCCAGCACUCCAGAGCAGCAUCCAGCAGAGGCUUCCAGGAACACGAGAGACACUGGAAAUGGAAGCACUAAUGUUCCACCUACAAAAGAGACGAGAAGAGCUGAGAGUCCAUCCCCCAAUGACUCUGGCAUCUCACUAGCUGAAGGUGACUACGUGGGGCUGAUGGAGGUGAUCAUGGAGACCAGUGAAAGCACAUGUGAAGAACAGAUGGAUCAGUACAGCUAG